ACAUAGGUAUGCGUCAGACGUGUAUUUUCUCAUGACCGUUACACCUGUGUCGCUACUUCUAGUUUGAAGUGUAGUGCUUAUGAACACGUGCUUCCGGCAAAACGAUUCUUCUGCAGUAGGUGAAUAAUAUUCAUUAGCUUCAGUUAUAUAUCUGUUUUAUCACAGAUCAAUAAAACAGAAAAAUAAAUCCGACAAUAUCCACGGAUACCGUUUUGGUGACAGAUGGAAUUCUGGAUAAGUGGCUUCCUCGUGUCGUUAGAUAGGGUAGGUACCCGCUCAGAAUAAUCAGAUAAUACCCCUGGGAAUAAACAACAUGUUUUAAUCUGUUAAUACAGACUAAUUAUACCCGAGAUAAGGAUAAUCGUUAUAUUCAAUUUUAGUAUCUUAAUUUCUGGCUCUUGACGGCUGAAACAGUCUAUUGAUUGCUGUCUUUGAAAUACGAUGAUCACCCGGAACCUAUUUCUUGCUUUGCUUUAUACCUCUACUACAAGUUUUGUCUCAAGUUCAUUAGUAUUGGGACCUAAUGCUACACGGCCCUGCGUGUGCUUACAGCAUUAUUUAACAACUAAGAAAGCACUCUUGGUGCUAGAAGAGAAGGAGGGUGCUGGAAGAUUUUUUGUGAUGGAACAACAAGGACUUGUUUAUUCUUUUUCGUCAACUUUCGGGAACAAGAAAGUGUACCUUAAUUUGACGUCAUUAGUGGAAUAUGACGAAAAUAGCGUUGACGAGCGUGGCCUUUUAAGUAUGGCACUGCAUCCUAAGUUUUCAAUAAAUGGUAAAUUAUAUACAUACUCAAUACGUAAAUUUAAUGGAGAACAGUGCGCAUUUAUAACGGAACUUCAAGAAGUUUCAGGGAGGAUUGACGUUUCGAAGGAGAAAUUAUUAAUGGUUAUACGUCAGCAUAACGAAAAAAGAAAUGGAGGUCAGGUAUUAUUUGGCAAAGAUGGAUAUCUUUACAUUUCCGUCGGAGAUGGGGGUCUUCCUUCAAGUGCGCAGAAUAUGACCUCUUUGCUGGGUAAAAUUUUGCGUAUAGACAUCGACAGCAGUGAGAUAGUGAACAAUCAAAUCCGAUACUACGUCAUACCUACCGAUAACCCGAAUGUGAAUGGUCUUCCGGAGAUAUAUGCCUGGGGUUUUCGAAACCCAUGGAGAUGUAGUCUUGAUUCCGGAAGUUCUGAAGGUGAUAUUUAUUGUGGUGACUUAGGAGAGGGCGAGCAGGAGGAAAUCGAUUUUAUCCAGAAGGGCCAUAACUAUGGAUGGAAUAUCAAGGAGGGAGAUAAAUGUGUUUUAGAUUUCUUACGUUUUACAAAAGGGCCUGAGGGUCGACCAGUCUACGUGUAUGAUCACCCACAGGGACCCGCUGCUGUGAUCGGAGGAUACGUGUACAGAGGAAAUUCCAUUAAGAAUCUUACUGGCAGAUAUAUUUUUGCUGAUAUUUUUGCAAACUCAUUCCUGUAUACAUUAGAGAAGAUGGGCGGGGCUGACUGGGAGGAGAGCCACCUGUAUUACUGUGACCCGUCCUUCUGUCCCUGUCACGCCAGGGAAACCCUGGGUCAGGACUAUCUGGUCUCAUUUUCUCAGGAUAAUAAAGGAGAAGUGUAUUUACUGUCAACAAAAUCGUUUCACGGAAAAUCAACUGACGACAGACUUCUAAAACUUGUACCCCCUAACUCUUACGCCACAACAUGUGGGGCUCCAGCAUUAACCUGUCACUGGAAAACAAUCUCAAUUUUCUUGUCUCUUACAUUUAAUUUAAUGAUAAAAAGGUUUUUGAUUUAACUUUUAUUAGUUAGUGCAAUAAGUUUAUAAGACUGAGUGCUUGUAAUGAAAAGUGAACGGACAUUUCGGAGCGAUUGCUAUAUGGCCAGUUUAAUUGUUAAGUGCAUGACUGAUGUCAAUUCGAGAAAAGUUUUCAUGACAUAUUCUAUGGACAUAUAUUUACAAUACACACUGACAGUACUAUAAGGCUGCAAUAAGAUUAUUUG